CUUCCUUACUAAACAGGUCGUUGUGCAGCACUUGCUAGAUCGAUGAGUUACAGAGAUUUCUCAUCGAUAAGCGUAUAGAGAUUUCUUCUUUCGUCGCAUAUGGUGAAGCUCUCACGCUACCUGUCCGCGGGUCGUCAUCUCGUGGCGAAUCUGGAAUGAUAUCUUCCUAUCUCCGGUCGAGGGGAUGUGAAACCGAUGGAUAACAAGUGGAUACCAUGUUUUUGGAGGCCUUGUGACCGUUGACCUUCGAUAUGGAUGUACGGAUUUUACUGUGUGUGUUAUGCCUACCUUUCUGUACGUUAGGCGAAAUAUUGAUACGGAAGCGAGACUUGACAGUGAAAGUGGGCAGGUCAGUGUACCUGGCAAGGGAGGAUCUUGUACUGAGACGAGACCGGCGCAAUGUGGAAUGUAGAGUGGAGGUUGUCCACACUGACCCCAUCACCCAGCGAGUCGGCAGAUUGGAACCGCCGAUAUUCAACUGUGAUUUCCUGCCGGGAACAGUCAAGUACAUCCACAAUGGAUCUCCUUUACUGCACACUGACCAAAUAAAGAUGCGGGUUCACAGGUUCACAAGGACACAGACCAUAUCAGAGAUUGUGUACCUCGGCAUUCGAAUAGUGAAUGCAUCUCACGAAAUCAUCGUCACCAGGGGCCUCCGGUCUGUGGUAGUGCCGAAAUUCUAUGGGUUAUCUAAUACGAUAGAUGGAUCAGUCUUACGGUUUCAGAACUCUGAUAACUAUAAUGUCUCGUGUGCUGUCGGCUUUUCAAAGUAUCAUUCUUUAUGGCCAAUAGCUGGCCAGAUGGUGAUGGGGAAGAAGCGCCAGGUGGUGGAUGCAGUUAAGAAGGAUUGUCGUGAGUUUCUCUACAUGUCACUUCAUUAUGAACAUCUGAGGUCGCCUACACCGGACGUCGAUUAUCUCCCCUUGACUGUGGAAUUGUUUGACCCUUCAAUCAGUGAAGAAGUUGUGGUUGAAAGCUUCUUUCUUCCUAUUUACAUUAAAGGUGCAAUCCCCAACUCUCCUCCCAAAUGUUCUGCAAGCAGUAUGAAGAUGAUGGAUGUGGACCAAUUUAUUUUAACAACACUGAUUCCUGGCGUCAUAUCGGCAGAGGAUUACGAAACGCCCAGAGGUCAGUUGAUAUUCAACAUCAGUAAACCAUUCAAGCCUGGCCAAGGGUACCUGGUGAAUCGAGAAAAUCAUGCUAUCCCAAUUACAUCAUUCCUUCAGGAUGACCUAGAAAAUCACCACAUUGCGUAUCAACCUCCAAACAUAAGUCAUACGAAAAGACGCAUGUAUGACGUUGAGCUGAUGGUGUUUGAUAGCCAUUUCGCCAGCAGCAUGCCCAUAGUGUUUCACGUUGCUGUACUGCCAUCUGCAACUGCUGCUCCUCGCAUUUCCCACAAUCUAGGUCUUGUCCUUCUGGAGGGACAGUCCAGGGUGAUUACAACCAAGCAGUUACAGAUUGUGGACAGAGACAAUAUAAACAGUGUUCGACUCUAUGUGAAGGGUGGAUUAAAGCAUGGUAAUAUUGUUAUUAAUGGAAGACAAACCAUUGUUUUCUCGCCCAAUGAUUUAGCAAAUGGAAAUAUUAUUUACUAUCACGAUGACAGUGACUCCACCAGUGAUCGUAUAGAACUUCGUAUCAGCGAUGGGUCUAAUACUGUUUUAACAACAUUUCCAAUCAUCAUUAUUCCAAAAGAUGACACAGCCCCUCGACUGAUAAGCAACCUUGGCCUCCAGAUCAAUGAGGGCGGCAUGAAGAAAAUAAGCGAAGCUGUCCUACUUGCUCAUGACACAGACUCGCUGGAUUCUAAUAUUAUAUACAGUAUUGUUAGAUCACCGUCUACUGGAGAUAUUCUCCGCAAAGUUAGACCCAAGGAUUCGGGUACUAAAGUGUUUGGAUUUAGGCAACGAGAUCUCCUUAAAGGCCAGAUUUACUACAGGCACUUUGGUGACGGGUCAUUACGCGAUUCAUUUACAUUCACUCUUCAGGAUCAACAGGAUCCACCAAACGAAUCUGAAGAGCAGGUAUUUAAAAUCGAUAUCAAUCCAGUCAACGAGAACCCACCAACUAUUUCACCAUCUGCAUCCAAUAUGUUAACUGUUUUAGAAACGGACAUUGCCUAUCUGAGCUCGGCCCAACUGAGAUUUACAGAUGUGGAAUCAACAGACAGACAACUGAAGUAUACCAUUACCACCCCACCCUACUUCGUGUACAACAGAGGAGAGCGCGAUGCUGGCAGACUCAUCUCGACUCACAAUCUCACAAUGGUAAUGAAGAAUGGAGCAAUUCCGUCAGCUCAAGACUUCACUCAGGAGGAUGUUAAUCACAGGAAGAUUGCUUACAUGCCCCCUCUAAAUGACAUAGGACCAGAGUCCAGGUUAGUUAGGUUUAUGUACACAGUUGAAGACUCCAGCCACAACAAACUCUAUGGCCAGACCUUCGACAUCCAUGUCCAGCCUAUCAAUAACAGAAUUCCACAGUUUGUUACAGAAAAGUUACUGGUUGAAGAGGGUGGAAUUCUGGGAAUCACAAUAAAUCAGUUAUCUGCUGUUGACAUUGACACUCUUCCUGAAAACCUGAAAUUUAUUUUGGAUGCCCUUCCAAGAUACGGAACUAUUCAAAAGGGUGGAAUUUCUUUGACAAAUGGAGGAAUAUUUACUUUCACUGAUCUUGAGAAGAAGGAUAUUAGGUAUGUUCACGACGGCUCCGAGGUCGAGUUAGAUACAUUUACACUGACAGUCACUGAUGGGUCAAACCAAGCGACUAAAGUGAUAUCAAUAGACAUUGUUCCUAUUGACGACCAGAAUCCACAGAUGGGAAGCAACCUGAGACCUUUCCUUAUUGUGUCAGAAGGUGGCGAAUCUGCUCUUACAUCUAGAAUACUGGCUGCAACCGACGAGGAUACAGAUGAUGCUUCUUUGGUGUUUCUCAUAGUUCGUCAACCCAAGUAUGGAAUCCUUCAACUGAACAACCAACCAGUGACCAAGUUCACCCAGAAGGACAUCAAAGAAAAGAGAGUGAGCUUCCUCCAUACAAGUGGGGAGAUCGGCAUGACUGCAGUGAAUGACAUCAUAACGUUUAUUGUCUCUGACCAAAACUACCUAGCUUCGGCAGACAUGCCAAUGUAUGAUCUCAAUAUUACCAUCACACCUGUCAACAACCAAAAACCUGCCAUAAUUCUUGGUAGUCCGGUAUUUGUCUCUGAAGGAGAGAUUUUCAAGAUCACUAGUGAUAUUCUUAGUGUUGAAGACCCGGACUCUGAAACUAAGGAUAUUAAAUUCACUAUCACUAUUCAGCCACAAUGGGGAUAUCUUGAAAACAUUAAACCAAAUGCUGGAUCAGAACGGAGUAAUGCUGGGGUGAGAAUAAACCAGUUUUACUGUAAAGAUAUACUUGCUGGAUCCAUUAACUAUGUCCAAGCUAACCACAGAGGGGUCGAGCCAAUCAGAGAUACUUUUACUUUCUAUGCUUCUGAUGGAAAACUGCACUCACUAUCAGAGUCCAUAGCCAUCACCAUUGUACCGGCAAAUGACGAAGAGCCAGAUUUGAUGUUAAAUGAUUUCUCAGUACAAGAAGGUGGCUUUCAGAUAAUAGAUCAAUCCAUGAUUGAUGUUGUGGAUUUGGACAUGCCCAAAGAUACACUGCUGUUAACCGUGUCCCAGAAACCUGAGCAUGGACGCAUGAUCAUGAUGAUACACACAUGGAAUGGUGAAGAAAUUGAAACUGAUAUUCAUGAUUUUACAAUUGACGAACUCCAUAGUGGAAUGCAGAUGAAAUAUGUCCAUGAUGGUACAGAAACAUAUAGUGAUAAGUUUGCAGUGACAGUUUCAGAUGGUAAGCACGAAAUCAAAAGGGUUUGUAAUAUUACAGUUAAAUUAAACAACGACGAAAGACCAGAAGUUAUAAAGAAUGCUGGUUUACAUCUAGAUUAUGGUGGUUCAGCAUUAAUAUCCAGUGUUGUUCUGCAGGCAACUGAUGAAGAUAACUCUGAUGAAGAACUGUUCUACAUUGUUGUGAGGACUCCUCGCAAAGGAAUCCUGCAGUACUGUCCAAACCCCUUUUCCGCUGUAUCGUCAAAUGAAUGUAAGGAUAUCGAGCUGGGUAUAAACUUUACUCAGAGGGAUGUUGAUCAGAACAAGAUUAGGUACAUACAUACCACGAGCAUGGGCAGUACAGAGAGUGAUAGUUUUCUUUUUGUACUGACUGAUGGCAAAUACAAACGUCCAGAAGAAACGUUCGAAAUUAACAUUAUUAAUUCUAAAAAGUCCAAUAUUGCCCUUCUGAACCGAGGAAUGACAGUUCGUGAAGGUGAAAGGGUAGCUAUCAGUACGAACAAUCUCAGUGCCUCGGAUGAAAGCACAAAAGCUGAGGAGAUUGUUUUUGCAGUAAUUCGUCCACCACGAUUGGGUCAGCUUGAGUACAUUGAUCGGCCAUUUACACAAAUCAGCAGUUUUACGCAGUUGGAUUUAGCCUCGCAGAAGGUUGUAUAUAGUCACCUCACAAAGAGUGACAUCACUGAAGACCUCUUCACAUUCACAGUGACGAAUGGAUUGAGUGAAGCUAAAGAUGGUGAAUUCAGAAUUUCUAUCCAGCCACUAGACAGAAUCCUUCCAAGUUUGGUUGUGAAUCACCUGCUUGAAAUCCUUCAAGGUACUGAAGAAACCAUUACACCGUACCACAUUAAAGUUACAGAUCCAGAUACAUCAGCUAAAAACCUAACCUACACCAUAGCAAAACCACCAACAUAUGGCCACAUUUACAACAGAGGUAAUUUAGUUAAUAAUAAGUUUACACAAAGUGAUGUAGAUCUUGGCUUUAUAACAUACGAAAGCGAUGGGAGUAAGACGGGAUUGGACAACUUCCUCUUCACAAUUUCUGAUGGCAGACAUGAGGGAUUCUUGAUUAAUGGCUCACUGCAAACACAGCCAGCAAUGACUAGCAUCUUCAUCAAACCCUUGGUAGAAGAUGCUCCAAAGCUGGUUACCAAACGACACCCUGAACUUUUAGAACUCUUUGGAAAACAGAGAUAUGGAUAUCAACUCAACAACCAUAUUCUCCGUGUGGUUGACUCGGAUACAGACAGCAGUGCACUAGUGUACAUCAUUUUACGGAAGCCCAAGUUCGGUCAUCUUGAGAAUACUGUAGCCAAGACGUAUGUACGGCGGCGGUUUACCCAGAGAGACCUAGAUGAGAAUCGCCUCUUGUACAUCCUCGACAAGGAGUCACAGACCACUAAUGACAGCUUCACAUUCAAGGUGGAAGACAGCAGAGGCAACUCACUUAAUGAACAAGAGUUUCUUAUGAAGUGGUCUAAGAUCGAGUUUACGACAGAGGAUGUGGUGGUGUGUGAGAAUGUUGGGACUCUCUCUGUUAUUCUGCGCAGAACGGGAGCUCUCGAUCAGUCUGCGUACGUCGGCAUCCACGUGAGGGAAAUGUCUGCACGCAUAGGUCAGGAUUUCACGCCUAGUUCAGCCAGACAGGUUCAAUUUAGUCCAGGUCAAUCACGUGCGACCUGGGACAUCACGAUCAAUGACGAGAACCUAGAGGAGAACAAUGAGAAAUUCCGAGUGAUGCUCACUGAUCCAGUGAACGCUGUGAUUGGUCGACGCAGAAAACUGAGAAUCCGAAUCAUUAAUGCAGAGCAAGGUGAAUGUCCUCAAUACCUUGGAAUGAUCACCAAGAAAAUGGACCGUUUGACCAUCGAUGCCAAUGCCAUGUUUUUCCCAUCCCAUCUGGAUGAGAACAAGGACACCAUAAUUACGUACCAUAGAGUCAACAAAAUGUUGCCUAUAAAUGCAUUUGAAAACACAUACCUCAACACAGAGCCCAAAACAUCUGCAACUUCAGGAAAGACAAAGAAGGAAACGGUAAAGAAAAAAAGGAAAAAAGGAAAAAAAAGAAAAGGCAAGAAGAAGAAGAGCAAAGAAGAGAAGAAAAAGCUGCGUAACCAGGCAACACAGAAGAAACACAAGGAUAGUCCAACACCUAGCUCUGCUCCAGUGAACAUCGGCAAACAGAAAGGAGCCAGAAAUCAAAUCAAGUCCAAUAAGAAGUGUAACAGCUCCACUAAGGACCUGCUGCUGUUUGAUGUGUUCUCGCAGCAGUUACUCAAAUGCAACGGUGUCGAGUGGCAGGUGUGGAGUCCUGUGUCCAACAGUGAUGAGAGUUCACACAGCAGACUCUGCCAGCCAGGUUGGAAUGAGUAUGACGGACGGUGUUACAGGUUUAUCAACGACCGCUUGUCAUGGGACGAUGCUGAGAAGCUGUGUUACAGUUCCUACAAGGGUCACAUCUCAAGUGUCCAGUCCAUGAAGCAUCUCAGAUGGCUUGGAGAGCAGGCGGGCAAGAAAUCGUUUUGGAUUGGACUGAAUGACAAGUGGGAGACCGGUGUGUGGAAGUUUAUCUCUGGAGACGUGGUGACGUUCACCAACUGGAAGGGCGGCCGGCCCCGAGUAAAGCGCAUGCUACACAAGAAGAACUGUGUGGUGGUUAAGAAACGCUACAAGUGGAGGAACAAGCACUGUGACAAAUAUAGGGCCAAGUUUAUCUGUGAACUCAGUGCAAAAGGACAGUUUUGGCAACAGUCGAAGAAACGGCCACGGAAGGGUCCUUCCAGGCGCCACGUUCGCAGAAACAAGAAAGAGCACACUGGAGCAUUUUUCUUUGGGUAGAGAUGACUCACACUCUCUGUAGAUGAGAAACAUUGUCAUCACUUUAGUUUGACUAGCUCAAUCUUGUUCUGCAAGAAGCAGUAACAUUUCACUGUGUUGUGUGAACAGGACUGUCUAGACUAUACAGUGCACUCUCAACUGUACAGUAUGUUACAUGCUGCAAACUGACUACUAUAAUCUGUGAAACAAGAUGUUCACUUGUGAAAACAGUUGAUGUGCAGUAUUAAUUUUAGAUAUAGAUAGCAAACAAUAGUAGAUCUACCAACUUUGGAAACAUUUGUCUCCGAAAAUGAUCUUUUAUUAUUUUUAAUGGCAACAAAAUAUUGUAUUUUUUAUUUGUCAGAGCCUAAUCUGGAAUUUGAUAGUAUAGAACUUUUCAGUAUCGUUUUAAUUUUGAGUCAGUUUCCUGAAUGCCAGUAAUGUAAGAAAAUGAAGUCAGCAUUUAAAUAGUAAAUAAUCACCAUUAUUACACACCAGUGUAAGAUAUUGCUCAUGUCAUAACAAUCACUCAAUAUCUAACAAGUGUAAUAUUGGUGUGACCUGAACUUGACGUAGAUCACUUGCUGACCCAAUUCAUAGAAAAAUAACGUGUAGUAGGUCUCGACAGUUGGUUUGUAAUAAAUAAAAUACUAAACUAGCUUGCCUGUCGUACCAUUUUUUGUAAACUCGUGAACAGUGUUGGUAUCUGACUCGCUUUUGCUCAUUAUAUACCAAAAACUGUUCACUUGUUUCAUAAAAAUGGUAUGAAUGGUAUGCUCAUUUAGUAUUCUAUAUUUAUAAAACUUCAUGUCAUGUUUCACUAGUAUUGUGAAUAAUAAAUCUUUUGUUGAAACACAUUUCCAGCUGCAGUGAAAUACCUUUAUAAAUAUAACUGGUGGAUUGAGUGCUGUCAAAUGAUCUGAGUAAUGAAUUUUUAUUAAUCAUCGGCUAUUGGAUGUCAAAUAUUUGGUAAUUUGACAAUAUUAUAGUCUUAUAGAGGAAAGCCGCUACAUUUUUUCAUUAGUAGCAAAGGAUCUUUUAUAUGCACCACCCCAGACAGAAUAGCACAUGACACGGCCUUUGAUAUACCAGUUGUGGUGCACUGGUUGGAACGAGAAAUAGCCCAAUGGGCCCACAGACGGGGAGUAAUGAAUUAAUGCACAGAUAUAAUGUCGGAUGGGAUUUAAUCUUUGAAAGGCUUGUAAAAUAUAAUGCACAUGUAUAGCUUUCACUUUAUUCAGUCACAACAGUGGGCUGCUGAUUUGAGGAACAUUUGUCAGUGGCUAAGGUUUUUGCAGAUCGUUAAAAUAAUGAAUUACGUCUAUAUUAUAAUUACUGGUUUAUAUAAAGGUGUGGUGGGAUUGGGGCAUGUACAACAAGUAACUGAGACUACAAUUUGUGGAGUGGAGAGACUGAGUGGGCAGCACCAAGCCUAUGAAAUGUAGUACUGUCACAACUGGAUCAUCACUUGGUUGCUCCAACAGAUGUAAAUAUAUUGUCCUAUUGUGAUAAAACUUGUAGGAGUAGCAACUUGUAAAUAACUGGAUGUGUAAUUUAAUAUAGAAAUUUUAUUGAAUGUUUGUAAUAUGUAUUUUGUCACUAUAUGUAGCAUCUUUGUUUUUUGUUUCAGUUAAUAUUUUAGGUUUUGCCUACCAGGGUCAUUUUUGGAAGUUGGUUCAAAGUUGUAAUAUAGAACCAUUGUUUUGAGAUUUUAAAAUAAAAAUAUAUAUUAUGAUUAAAGUAAUUACAUUUAAACUUGGUAUUUAAAUUAAUAUGGAUGUAGAGAAAUAUUUAGUCAUUCAAAAAAUAUAUUUUAUGUGCAGGUACCACUAUUUUUGUUCAUAUGCCAGAGGAUAUUUGUCAAACUCCUUAACAAAAUUAUCUGUUUUAAAUAUAAGCAUUCUGUUUAGAAUUAAUUUGAUACAAAUAUCAGAAUUUCAUGGCAUGUCAAACUUCAAAAUAGUAAUUCAGAACAAAAAUCUUUACAUGGUAAUGUUAGUUACACAUUUUGUUUAUUAAUACAGUAUUUCACGUAAACAAAACAACUUUGUACAAACUUAGGUGAAGUUAAUUUCUUUCAGUAUUCUUUUAUAUGAGUAUAAAGUAACAUUUUGUUAAUUAAUUACAGUUAUAUAUAUAUUAUUAAAUUUCCUUUUCGUCUAUACACUUUACGGCAAUCUGAUUGGUCCAGAGGUGCUUACUUUUUUUCGUUCUUAUCUCGA